CAUGUUGCUGAACGUGGUGUUGGGCUUCCUGUGUGGCGGCUUUGCUUUGGCGGCUGGAAACGACCCGGCGACUCAGGGCCCGCCCCCGCUGCUGCUCGUGUCUUUUGACGGUUUCCGUGCCGACUACCUGAAGAGGUUUCACAUGCCCAACCUGGAGCUUCUGUACAGCCAGGGGGUUCUGGUGGAGCAGCUCACCAACGUGACCGGGCUGUACGCGGAGUCUCACGGGGUCCUGGCCAGCAGCAUGUACGACCCCGUCAGCCACAAGCACUUCAGCCUGCGGAACGACAGCGACCCCUGGUGGUGGAGCGAGGCGGAGCCCCUCUGGCUCACCGCGCUGGACUCGGGCUAUGAGACGGCGGCCAUGAUGUGGCCCGGCUCCGACGUCGCCAUCGGCAACCGCACGGCGACGCACUUCCUCCCGUACGACGCCGCCGUGGACGACUGCGUGGGGCUAAUGGUGUCGGAGCUCCGGCGGGUCGGCCUCUGGGGGAAACUCAACCUGGUGGUCACCAGCGACCACGGCAUGGCGCAGUGCUCCGCCCAGCGCCUCAUCCGAUUGGACGACUGCCUCCACCCCGACAACUACACCCUGGUGGACCUCACGCCCGUGGCAGCCCUCAUCCCAAACACAGAACAGAAAAGAGAAGAUGGGAAUGACCACCAGCAGGAGCGAGACGCUCCCCGCCUCCGU